AUGGGCUCACCAAACUGGCACUUUUACAACCAAGAGUUCGAGACCGCGGACGACACAACCUUCCAGCUGCAUGACCUCGUUGGAACGCAGAGGGGCGGUGAGGAGCGGUCCAACAAGCAACUCCAAGCCCUCUUUGCCAGGUUCACAACGGGCAACUACAAAGACGAGGAUCGGAGCAUCAUGAUUCUCUGUUUCCCCGCGGCCAACCUGCGCGCGCCGACGAAGGGUGCCGAUGACCUCCCGGAGGCGACGCAAGACGGGUACGGCGUCACGUUCCCAAUCGGGAAGCGGUGGGACGAUAUCAACACGCAUCCGUUCCUCGCAUGGCUAAAAUCCGAGCGACCCACGCACAGCGAAUUUGACGACGUGGAUAUUGACGUGGAACCUCCGCACUGGCUCGACUACGAGAAGAGCAUCGACGAGGGGUUUGAAAUGUUCCUCGUCGAUUGCUUUGGGUACACCGUUGGCAGGUGGAGUGGAUCGACGCCGUUGGAAGACCUUGUACCGUAUCUUGAGGAGGCGUUUAACGCUUUUAACGCGUUCCGUUAG